AUGGCAGGAGGACGACGAAAACCGCUCGAAAGGAGCCGACGGAGCCUGAACAGCAGAAGGCAGGUCAGUACCAUAAUAGUACCACCGCUUUUCUGCGUUCAGCCUAUAAUAAGUUAG